GGACCAAUAUUUCUACUAAUUUGUUGAUAGCGAUCUCUUGCUUCCUAAUAAUCUCCCAACACAAUCUUGUCGUUUCACAAAAUACAACCCGUGUUUGUAUGCAUCACUUCACCCAAUUUCUAUCAUCUCCUUCAAUUCCCCUUCUUUUCUUCACUAAUCGGAGCCACAGAAUUCUGCACAAUGCCUCCGAUUUCUCUGCAACUCACCCCCUUCAUUUCUCCACUAAUCCACCGCCCUAAUCUCCGCCUUCACCGACCCCCAAUUCCCCCUCUCUCGCCGCCCAGAUCACUCACCGUCCGAUCGGUUCAACAAAAUAACGAACACCCAUCUCCCUCGCCACCGCCAAAACCCACUGGUUUGGACGAUUUUCUUUCCACGGCGGCUAGUCUCUACCCUCUCUAUGUGACGGCAGGCGGGAUUGUUGCUUGCCUCGAACCCUCGACCUUCUCGUGGUUUGUGCAGAGAGGGCCGAGUUCCUAUAGCUUAUCUCUUGGUUUGAUAAUGUUGGCCAUGGGGCUUACUCUAGAGAUCAAGGAUUUAUUUAAUUUGUUCAUGCAAAGACCUCUUUCGAUAUUGUUUGGAUGUGUAGCUCAGUACACGAUUAUGCCAGCUUCUGCAGUGCUGAUCGGAAAACUUUUGGGACUUUCCCAGUCCCUUUUGUUCGGUUUGGUCUUGCUUGGAUGUUGUCCUGGAGGAUCUGCUUCCAAUGUGGUAACCUUAAUUGCUCAAGGCGACGUUCCUUUGUCUAUUGUAAUGACAGUAUGCACAACUUUAGGAGCCGUAAUUUUCACUCCUUUUCUGACAAAGUUUCUAGUAGGAGCUUAUAUUCCAGUCGACGCUGCACAGCUUUCUCUCAGCACCCUUCAGGUGGUGGUAGCUCCUAUCCUGUUAGGUUCUUGCUUGCAAAAGGCAUUUCCUUCCCUGGUGAAAUUGGUGUUACCAUUUGCACCACUUGUUGCUGUUUUAACUUCCUCGCUGCUUGCUAGCAGUGUCUUCUCAGAGAAUGUCAUUCGUAUCAAAUCGUCAAUGGUUAGUGCCACAUUGGCCUCUGAUGCAUCUCUAUGGACAGUCCUUAAAAGUAUAUUAUCAGGAGAGCUGGGAGUAGUAAUACUUUCGGUGUUUUGUUUACACUUUGCUGGUUUCUUCGUCGGGUAUAUAGCAGCUGCUAUCUGUGGGUUUCGAGAACGAGAACGAAGAACUAUAUCCAUGCAGGUUGGGAUGCAGAAUUCAUCACUGGGAGUUGUUUUGGCAGCCUCACAUUUUAGUUCAGCAAUGGUGGCAUUGCCUCCAGCAAUUUCAGCUGUGAUAAUGAACAUGAUGGGGAGCACUCUUGGAUUUUGUUGGAAAUAUAUUCAACCUUCUGAUGAAGUGAAAACCAGUGUUGUUGCCAAGUGAAUUUCUUGUCCUUUUUUUCUUUGUAUUUAAUUUUACAUCUUAUUUCCAAAUGUAAAAAGAAUGCGUUUUGAUCUCAUUAUUCUAAUACAAGAGGCUAUAAUAACGAGUGUUUAUACACGUUA